UCCUAAAAAGCCGAGUGCAAAGAGUUCUGAGGCAAACAGGCAUAGCAAGCAACUGUCAAAAAUAGCACCGUGUUGAAUAUUGACAGCUUUUGUCCAUCUGCUUUCUCAAAAACCCAGCCUCUUUCUUGCAUUGUAAGAAUGUUGAAGUGAAGAAGAAGCCAAGUUCUAGCAGGAUUCCACAGAAUGGAGAAGUCUUCAGGGAUGGAUGGGGCCUAGCCUGGGACUACAACUCCCAGGAUGCACCAGGAGCGGACACUGACCAAUCAGGAAGCCCAGUCUCACUUCCUCGGCCCAGCUCACGCUCUCCCCGCUUAACAGCGAGAAAUUGGUAAAGACCUGUCCAGGCUGCCUCAAGUUGCAUCUUCAGCCUGGCCCCAGUGCAGUUCGCAAGGUCUCUCAGCCCGUGGCUCCCAAGAGCCUGCUUUCCUCACAGUGGCUCUGAAGUGAGUGAAAUAGGAUAAAUUCCCUUGACUCAGGAAAAGGCAGGCGCAAAGAAUUGAUUCCAAGAUGAUUAAGAAUAAUGUUACCGACCAUAAACUAAAUGCGGAAGCCAUAAUUAAAAACAUUAACACAAUUUCUUUGGAGCUAAAAAAAAUGAAUGAACUCUCCCAGUUACUGCUUUGUGACCUUACCCUACAUUUCAGUCAUCCCGUGAAGACAGAUGACUUAAAAGGAACAGAAAGAAACAGCCCCCACUUUGAAGAGUCUAAAAUGCCAGAUGUAUCCCUUGCUUCUGAUAGUUUUUUAAUCUGAUUUUUUAUUUAUUUGUUGCAAAUUUAUGACUUUUUAUUGUUGAAUUAACCCAUUUAUAGGUGAAUUGAGUUUACUAAUAUAUUCAAUUAA